GGCUGCAGUCAGCAAACACUCCUGGCCUCAGGAUGGCGAGGGAACUCUUCAGAACCCCAAUCUGGAGGCUGGAUAACUUCAUAGAGGAUCAACUCCUUCCUGACACCACCUUCCUUACUGAGCUCAGAGCAGACAUCGACUCCAUAAGUGCUUUCCUGAAGGAGAGAUGCUUCCAAGGUGCCACCCACCCUAUGAGGGUCGCCAGGGUUGUGAUGGGAGGCUCCUAUGAUGAACACAAUGCACUCAAGGGAAGGUCAGAGGCCAACAUGGUGGUGUUCUUUAAUGAUCUCACCAGCUUUGAGGACCAGUUAAAGUGGCAGCAAGUGUUCAUUGAAGAAAUUCGGAAACACCUGCUCCAGUUGCAGCAAGAGAAGCCAUGUAAACUCAAGUUUGAGGUGCAGAGCUCAGAGGAGCCCAACACCAGGUCUCUGACCUUCAAGCUGUGCUCCCCAGAGCGCCAGCAGGAGGUGGAAUUUGAUGUGCAGCCAGCCUAUGAUGCUCUGUAUGAAGGGGGAUACUGCAAGUCCUUUGAAUCCAUUAACUACAACAAAGUCUACGCCCAACUCAUCCAUGAGUGCACCACCCUGGAGAAGGAGGGCGAGUUCUCCAUCUGCUUCACCGACCUUCAUCAGAGCUUCCUGAGGUAUCGUGCGCCCAAGCUCUGGAACCUCAUCCGUCUGGUCAAGCACUGGUAUCAACUGUGUAAGGAGAAGCUGAGGGGACCGCUGCCUCCACAGUAUGCCCUGGAGCUGCUCACAGUCUACGUCUGGGAAUUUGGGGUCCAAGACAGCUUUGGACUCCAUGCAGCCCAGUGCUUCCGAACGGUCUUAGAACUGGUCACCAAGUACAAAUGCCUUCUAAUCUACUGGACAUGGUUUUAUGACUUUCGACCUGAGAUCUCUGACUACCUGCACGGACAGAUCAAAAAAGCCAGGCCUCUGAUCCUGGAUCCGGCAGACCCAACAAGGAACGUGGCUGGUUCAGACUUACAGGCAUGGGACCUGCUGGCAAAGGAGGCUCAGACCUGGAUACAUUCAAAUUUUUUUAGGAACUGUGAUAUGUCCCUUGUGAAUGGCUGGGAAGUGUCGCCAGAGAAACAAUAAUGUGUCUUCCAGUGAGCAGUGUAGCACUUGCCUAGAAGGCUCCAGAGUCAGGAUCAUGUGCUCCUCCGCUGUAAGACUUUGACCUAGAGAGGACAGGAUGGUGCUCAUGUCUCCAGCGAGGGGUAUCCAACCUGUGAUUAGACUCCAGGCUUCUGAUCCCUGCCUGCCCAUGGAUAGCCUUCCUCACAGGCUGCUUCAUCUGCCUUAGCUUCCAACAGUGUUCUCUGGGAGUCAGGCUGUGAUGGACAGAGAAGAACGCAAGCUCGACUUCCAUCUGUCCACCUGUUGGGAGGUUCUGUCCAAUAGUGGCUGAUCGUCAUCAUCAAAUCACAGCAAGCCAUGGGGGAGGGUGCACUCUGAGGGAGUCCUCAGACCACACAGAAACUUUUCAGCAGUGCAUGUGGCCCUGGCACCCUGGGAAUCUGGCCAGUGUUCAUCAAGGUGCACUGUUUCUACAACAUGCAGGCCGGGUUUAUGGCAGUUCGGGAAAAUAAAACUGCGGAUACUUUAAAUUUAUGACUUUAAAAUUUAGGUGUAUGUGUGUGUGUGUGUAUAUAUAUAUAUAAUUUGAAGCACUGAAUUAAAUCAAAAUGCAUUGAAUUAAACUAAAAU